CUUUUUAUAAUAUUUCUAAUAAGAAAUCUUAAUUGGAAAUUCUCAGAUUUUCUUAAGCUUUUCUUGUAUUUUGACCUGCCGUUUCCUUAGAUGGUGAUAACAUAAAAUUGUCUUGGCCACAUGGUAGUAAAGUUCCUGACUUAGUAAGAGGCGAGAAGUGAUAGAGAGAGAAUGAAAGGAAGAAACAGAAGAUGAUUUCUCUUCCUCUGUUUGAUUUCAGGUUGAUUUUUAUUUAUUAAUGGAGGGAAGGAAACGUUCCGGUGCUUAAAUAGUGAAAAAGGGAAACAUUUUCUUUCUUGUAAAUAAGAUAACUUUCUUCAUUCAGUCUCAUCAGCUCUUCCUUGGCUUUGGGAAAAAGCACUUCUCACGAAGAAGUUGCUUCUUCUAUCUUAAGCUCUCCGUUACUCUUCCUUCUAUUCUUUCUUUACAGUGGAAAGGAAGGAUUUUGUGGGUCUGUUAGAUCAGAAACUCUGCGCAGACCAAAAAGGCAUAAUAGAAAAACUCUCAAAACGAUCUAUGACUGCACCACUGUUCUGAAUUUAGUUUCCAAUGGUGUAUAAAAGGCAGAAAGGAAAGCUGGGGAUAUCAACUUAUUGAUCUGUCUAUGGGACACAUGGAUCAGAGACUUUCAACAGAUGUAGUGGAUCAUAGAAAUGGUCAGUAUGUUCCUAUUCUAGAUCAAGAGGACCCACAGUUGGGAAAGUUUGACCAACCACUUCCUUGUUUUGGCUGUGGUAUUGGAUGGUUUUCUCUUCUACUUGGAUUUGUGUGCCCCUUUAUGUGGUACUAUGCCACCAUUCUCUACUUUGGGAACUACUACAGAAGAGACCCGAGGGAGCGAUCUGGACUAGCUGCUUCUGCGAUAGCUGCCUUGAUAUGCACAAUCGCUGUGUUGAUUACAGUAGUUGUUAUUCUUCUACGAUCCUUGUAAAUAAGAGGCCACCUCACUUCACUUGUCCCAUGUCAGCUUCCUCGAGAAAGCUUAAGCUGAUGGUUAAAUUUAGCCUCCUUCCUGUAAACUAGUGCGGUACAGAAUGUUCGGCUAUCUGAAAAGUAAACCAUUUUCUGUAUAUCUUUCUAAAAUUGUUUAUAAUACAGACUAUUGAAUGUAAGCAUUCAAUUGCUUGGGUCCCAUUAAGUGGGAAAUGCAUGUUUAUGGCAGAUGAUAGUUUAGGAAACCAAGGAAAGAUGUUCAGAAAUGGUAUUGUACAAGUCCAAUACAACAUGUAUUUCAAAGAGAUUCACAUGUAUUUCAAAGAAAUCCAAAGAAUUCCUUGAAGGUAA